AGUGCAACACGGUUAUCAGCAGCUUGAAAUAAUUGUUUGUCGAGAUGACACCAGGGAGAUGGCUACCCGUCAGAUAACACGAUUGUUACUGAUAGCAUUGGGAUUUUAUAUUUUUGGUCUCAUAUUUUUCCUGGUCGGAAAUGAUGUCAAGGUUAAAGAUCAAACUGAAGAUCAUUAUUUACCAAUAGAUGAGGUGUUCGUAAAGGCAUCUAAUAAAACAACGUAUUCAUACGAUAAACAGGUUAUGUUGGAUUUUCGACAACUUCACAGGUCAAAUAUUUCAAAACCAAAAAAGUCUGAAAUUCAAUCUAAGUUUGAUAGGUUGUAUAAAUUAAAAAAGACCGAUGCUUUACAAUCGAUAAAGAGGCUUAAAAAACUUGGGAGUGGUAAACUUCAAAUGAGGAAACGAAAUAAGAAUAAGAUAGAUAACAAAGAACUUACAAAUCAAGAUUAUUGGGACAGUUUAAAAAAUCUUACAUUUAAAGAGAAAGUAGACCAUAUUUUAAAAAUAUAUCGUAUCCGAAAUAGUACAACAAACCUUAAGCUGCGAUCGAUAACGACAGUUAAACAACAUACAAGAAAUGACAAUACUACUGAUAAUAAUAACCAAAAGAAAGAAAACACUAAAUACCAUUAUACAGGAGAAAUUAACUCUGCAUUGACAAAAAGUAACGUAGGAUUUUUAAAAGUAGCCGAAGAUAUUUUUAUAUAUGCAUCAUAUUAUGAUGACAGGAAAGAAACGCGUUUUAUACGAAAUGUGAUAAUUACAAGAUCUGCUAAGAAUUUCAAUCAACAACUUUGGUGCCAUUUUUGGAAUCCUACCAUAAAUGGUUGGGAAUCGUCUGGAUUAGAGUUCUAUGAGACCUGUGAAAAUCAUCUCAAGACGUUUGCAGCUUACAUUGGGUCAUGUAAAAUUCCAGGCAAUGUACAAUAUGAUCAUAUUUACAUUUCAAAUUCUGACGACGCGAACAACGAAGAAAUGAAAAACAUAAUUCCUGUAAUACAACAUUCAAACAAAUCUGAAGUAAAAGGCGAUUUAGCUGUGUGUGUUCCGCCAUUAUUUGGGAAUGUUAAUUCUUUACGCUUGUUAGAAUUCAUAGAAUUUUCUAUCAUACUAGGAUAUAAGCAUUUUACUUUUUAUUCACAAAAUGUAACCAAUGAAACUUUAAAAAUCUUAAAACUUUAUCAAAAGGAGGGUCUAGUUACGAUUCUUGACUGGCCUUUACCUGUACAAGAAGACUGGAUCUGGUAUCACGGACAGUCAGCUGCUGUCUGGGACUGUCUUUAUAGAAAUAUGUAUGUAUUUAAACAUGUGGCAUUUCUUGACAUCGACGAAAUUAUUUUCCCCCGAUAUGAUGAAAUGCUUCCAAACUUCAUAGACAAAACAAUAAAACUAUAUCACGAACAAGAAUCGGAAGGUGGCGACAUUUGUGCUUUUAGAUUUCAGAGUGCAUACUUUGAUCCCCUUCAGGAUACAAUUAUUUCAGAUAUAUUUGAUUUUUCAGACAACAUUGAACGCCAUCUAGUCACAUUAAAUUCAAUAAGCAGAAAGGAAGAUUUUAGUACAGUUCGAACAAAAAUGAUUGUUGAUCCAAUUAAAAUUUUUGAAAUUGGAAUACAUCACGUGAGCAAGCCAAUGGAGGAACAUUUCCAAGUUGAAAAUAUUAAUCCUGAGAUUGCAUAUAUCCAUCACUAUCGAAAGUGUCAAAGUAACUUUGGUGGGCGUUGUGUUGGUCGAAUUACUGACAAUCAUGCAAGGAGGUAUCGCAAUCGUUUGCUUACCCGAUUAAAGUGGCGCUUUUACCAUCUGUUUAAGGAAAUAUUAUAAAAUUGAUCAGUUCGUCA